AUGGCGGAAGCCGUGGCGCAGACGAGCGACGCUCGGGCCUCGAGCCUCCAUCAUAGCACCACUAGGCCCUCUCGCAACGUCUCAAAGACUGCACUGUACCUCGCCGCCUCUGCGGCGGUCGCCAAGUUCGUCCUCCCGACGCUGUUACACGUGAUCUGGAAGAGGAACGACUUCAACGGAAUGAGCGGCGUCGUGUCGUAUUCCUCGUGCAUGAUCGCUGCGUCCAGAGCCGUAGAGUCCGACGCCCAGCAGCCCCUCUUCCACGACCCCCUCGCCGAGGCCUUCGCCGGCCGCCAGGCCAUGAGAGACAAACGUGCACGCUUGCGCGCCGAGGCGCGCGCUGCCGGCGCGGCCCGCGGCGACCCGCCCGGGCGCAUCGCGGUGCGGACGCGGUACCUCGACGACGCCGUGCUCGAGGCGCUCGGCGCCGCGACGGCGGAGUCCAUCGGGCAGGGCUGGGCGCCGCUGCCGCCGCCAAGUCCGGCCGGCGCGCCGAAGCAGGUGGUGAACCUCGGCGCGGGGAUGGACGCGCGGCCGUGGCGGCUCGCGCUACCGGCGGGCGUGCACUGGUUCGAGGUGGACCGUGGCGACGUGCUUGACGCCAAGGUGCGUACGCUGCAGGCGGCGGGCGCACAGAGCGGUCCGACGCGCACGGGCCGCGCGGCGGGCGCCGCGGCGCCGGCGGCGCCGGCCACGCGGCACCCGCUGAUGUGUGUGUCCUGGACACCUGUCCGGGGGGACUUGGGGGAGUCUUCGUGGACGCGGACGCUCCAGGAAGCCGGCUUCGAUCCCAGGGCUCCGACGGUCUGGCUCCUCGAGGGCCUCACGAUGUACCUCGACGGCCAGCAGAUCGACACGCUCUUCCGCGACGUUCGCCGCAUCUCCGCCCCGUGCUCCGUCGUGUUAGCCACCGGCGUCACCGCAGCGCUCGGGCGGCGCCGGGACGACGCCGCGGGCCGCCGCGGGCGCCCCGCGGCGGGGUCGCGGCUCAUGGAGACGUGGAAGUGGGGCCACGACGACCCCGCGUCCUUCCUCGCGCCGCGCGGGUGGCGCGCGGUGAGUGUCCACGAGCUAGGGGCGCGGGAGGCGUCGUACGGGCGCGUGGAGCCGCGGGCGCCCCCCGCGGAGGGCGAGCGGAGGCGGGCGGUGUGGUACGCGCGCGCGGUCGCCGCGUGA